AUGGGUGACUUUCAUAUGAACUCCAUGAAGUACAAGUACUUGUUUGCCGAUCGGUGGGCUGAUGGCAUUGGGAUCGAGUUCUUUAACGAUGAGGGCUCCAUCGAAGCAAUGCUUGCGCGCAUCACUCUUCAUGAACAUCACAAGCUCACCGACUACAUGGUGGCAUCAUGGUAUCCUUCUUGGACGCCUGCCACGGAAAUGUACGAGUUCAUUCUUCAAGAGCUGCCCCGCAAGACAGACAUGAGGGGCUUCCGUCGCAAAGAGGACCUGCGUGAGAAGCCGGAGCUCACGAACUGCGUCGCCUUCACAUGUCGCGGCGGGAGCGUGCUAGCAGUUGAUGGGCAACACUUCCUGGCCACCUCUUCCGCAAUGAUGGCACAAGUGUGCGACCAUCGUUUGUAA